CUUUUUGUGUCUAUCUCCGGUUUAAACCAGCAUCUGCUGUUCUUUCUUUCACAUCUGCAGUUCCUUCCAACACAAAGAGAGUUCACCUUCCCCUCAGCCAACAAUGAACCAUUCUACAUUUCCUUGCUCAACACCUGUUUUGAUCUGUCGUUUUCACACCUUACCCUUCCAAAUCUCUAGUUUCCCACUCCCUCAGUCCGAAGUAAGGUCUUAAUUAAAAAACGUCACCGAUUCCUUCUCUCCAGAGAUGCUGCCUGUCCCAUUGAGUUAUUCCAGCAAUGUGUGUCUAUUUCGACUAGAUAACCUUUAAUUAUAGUCAUAACUCUUCUAUACGGAUCAAGAUGCCAGUCUAUGCUUGUUCCACUUGCCCGCUAAACUAAAAAAAAAAUAAGAAUACAUUUAUGCAAUACUAAAGCAGACAGGUCACAGAGUAUGGUGUCAGAAGGAACUACUGCUAGUUUUGUUGCCUGACCUGCUGAGUUAUCCAGCUUUUUGUGUCAGGUCACGGAGUAGCCCAUCAAUCCGUUCACUCAUCAUGCAUUCAUUGUCAUUGAUCCCAUUCUGUUCUCCCCGUAUUCCCAGAUUCUACCAUUCACCUGUACACAAUGGGCUAUUUACAGUGUUUCAUUGGCAUUCUCACUUGCAGCAGCACAGCAGAUAUUUUCCGAGCUGCAGCUGAGGCUGGUCCCCAUGACAUCUUGAAAUUGUACAACCAAAAAGGCAACAUUAUAAACAUUUCACCAAAACUGGAUUCUAAUACUCAGCAAACCCAAUACAAACUGGAAGUUGUUGCUGCUGACUGUAAGACUGAGUCCUUGGGUUCCGAAUUGGCAUCAGCAUUGGGAUUUGAUUUAUCUGCCAUGGAGAAAAGGUUACAGGUGCUGGAGAAGAAGAUUCUGAUUGAAUCUGGAGAGAUGCCGUCCAUUGUUUAUGAGAUGAAAAAUCGUGUGGAGUCAUUUUGGGAGAAACUUGAGAGUGUUGAACACCUCAGCUGGCUUGGACUGUUUAAAGAACUGACAGAUGGGACGAACAAACCUUCACCCUUUUAUCACAAACGUGCACUGAGGAAGAACAAAGAAGAAUGCCAGCAAGUCAUGGAAAAGUAUUUGCAGAUGAGCAAUUUAGAAGUCACAGAGGAAGUCAGGCAGUACCUGAAGACACCGACCUUUGAUAACUGGCAAUGGGAGGAUGCAGAGAUAAUGGUUUUGCUUCAACUGAUGUUCAUUGAUCUGGAUUUCAUGAAUAAAUUCAACAUUGAAAUGGAGGUCCUGCAACAGUUCCUCUUUGAGGUGUACCGCCAUUACAACAACAUUCCCUUCCACAACUUUCAUCAUUGUUUUUGUGUCACUCAGAUGAUGUAUGGGUUGAUCUGGUUAACCGAUCUUCAAAACAAUAUGGAUGACAUUGAUAUCCUGACCAUGCUCACUUCCGCAAUAUGUCAUGAUUUGGACCAUCCAGGUUAUAACAAUGCAUACCAGAUCAAUGCUCGUACAGAACUAGCAUUGAGAUACAACGACAUCUCCCCACUGGAGAAUCAUCACUGUUCUGUGGCCUUCAAGAUCCUGGAAAAGACUGAAAACAACAUAUUCCGAAAUUUGACAACCGAACAGUAUAAGCGAAUUCGAGAAGGAAUGAUAAAAUGCGUUCUAGCCACGGAUAUGAUUCGUCACAAUGAGAUACUGAAUCAGUUCAGAUCCAUUCUACCUGAUUUUGAUUUUAACAACAAAGAUCAUAAGGGUAUUCUUACAAUGAUUAUAAUAAAAGUCAGUGACAUUUCCAAUGAAGCACGGCCCAUGGAUGUGGCUGAACCAUGGCUGGAUUGCUUACUACAAGAAUUUUUUAACCAGAGUGACAUGGAGAAACUAGAAGGAUUACCAGUGACCCCAUUCAUGGACAGGGACAAAGUGACAAAGCCAUCAUCCCAAACUGGGUUCAUCCGCUUUGUUUUGCUGCCCUUGUUCAUUGAACUUGCAAACCUGUUCCCCAAUCUGGAGCACCAUAUUAUUGACCCUGUACACAAGGCGUUGGAUUACUACACAGAGAUGGAAAAAGCUCUGGAAAAGGAGAAGCUGAAUCGCACUGGUAGCUUAUUGAAUGAAAAGAUCGUGAAAUCUCCAGACAAACAGAAAGGAAGCCAAAGGAAUGCAGAACCGACGGUGAACAGCAUCUCAAACAAACCAAGAGCAUUUCAACCUUCGCAUAAAGUUGAAAAGAAAUAAGCAUAAAUUGGGAUGGCAACAGGUUUUAAUGGAGACUUGUGCUGAGAUGUUUAUUUGUUUGCUCCAAUAGUAGAUGCAUUGAGGAAAAGAUACCACGACCGUAUAAAUCACAUCCAUCUCCUCUUGGAUAAGUGUGAGAACAGAUUCCAAUACUAACCUAACCAUUAGCCACUGAUCUCAUCCACUGUGUAUGAGACUGCACUUAGAAAAGAUAAAACAAAUCACGAAUCCCAAACCGUCUCAUCAUUAUGGAAUAAUAGUUGCUAUGUUUUAUAUGUGAGUUGAAAUAAUGCGGUAAAUAGUGACAAUUAAAUGUAUGCUUAGCACUAUUCAAAAAUAAACCUGUUGUUCAAUAUCUAAUAAAUGCAACGUAAUGGUGAUAUUACCGUAAAGAAGAAUAUUCUAUAACAAAAAUAUAAAAGGAAAUGGAACUCACUGUGUAAUUUUAAGAAAUUAUGUUGUUCAGUAUGCUGCACAGAUGUUUGAAUAAAUAUAAUUGAAAUAAAUUACUCUUCAUGAAGA